AUGUCGACCAACGCCAAAGUCAAGCCCGGCCAGCUCUGGGGCAAGUCCAAGGACGACCUGAAGAAACAACUCGACGAGCUCAAGACCGAGCUGGGGCAAUUGCGCGUGCAGAAGAUCGCCGGCGGCGCUUCAUCAAAAUUGACAAGAAUUUUUUUACAUGGGCGAGAGGCGAGCACAGUGCUGAUAUCCCCGGGUUUUGAUAGACAUGACCUCCGCAAAUCUAUCGCCCGCGUCCUGACCGUCAUCAACGCAAACCAACGCCACCAGCUUCGCCUGUUCUACGCCAAGAAGAAGUACCUGCCCCUCGACCUGCGACCCAAGUUGACCCGCUCCAUCCGCCGCCGGCUCUCGAAAAAGGACGCCAGCAGGGUCACAGAGAAACAGAAGAAGAGACUGACGCACUUCCCCGCGAGGAAGUAUGCUGUGAAGGCCGAGUAA